UUAAAUAAAUUUGAAUUUGAAUAAAUUUUUACACUUAUUUAAAAAAUAAGUUCUAUAAAUUCAGUUCAAAUUCAACAAGUUUAACUUAUUUAUAUGUAAAUACUUGGACUUGAUUUAUUUUUAGCUCGUUCAAGUUUGGCUCGUUCUUUAAACGAGAUGAACUUGAACAAUUAUUUUAGCUCGUCCAAGUUUGGCUGGUUCCUUAAACGGGACGAACUUAAACAAUUAUUUAAUCUCGAUUAAAAAACUAACUUUUUAGGGGUCGCUCGAACUUAAGCUCAGACUCGUUCUUCCAUUCCGGUUCUCUUUGGCUAAGAUUGGUGGGUCUUCCAAGCUCUGAAAAUCAACUGUCUUUUUGGGUUUCAAUGGUGCCCAUUAGAGGGCUCAAGAGGAGGAAGAAGGCAGAGAAAGAGGUUGACCCACUUGUACAUUACAGUUCUGUGCCGUCCCAGCUUCAGCCAUCCCUUGACUGGUGGGACGAGUUCUCCAAGAGGAUCACUGGGCCUUUAUUCCAAUCAAAGGAUUCAGCUAAAUUUGAAUCUGUUUUCAAGAUUUCAAGGAGGACAUUUAACUACAUCUGUUCUCUUGUCAAGGAAGAGAUGAUGGCAAAGCCUGCAAACUUCACCAAUCUUAGUGGCAAGCUUUUGUCUCUUAAUGAUCGAGUAGCCAUUGCUUUAAGAAGGCUAAGCUCUGGUGAAUCAUUAUCAGCCGUGGGCGAUUCAUUUGGGAUAAACCAGUCAACUGUUUCCCAAAUUACGUGGCGGUUUGUGGAAGCCAUGGAAGAAAGAGGGCUUCACCAUCUCCGUUGGCCUUCUACCGAAGAAGACAUGAAAGAGAUAAAGACCAGGUUUGAGAAAAUUCGAGGCCUCCCAAAUUGCUGUGGUGCCAUUGACACCACACAUAUCAUGAUCUCAAUUGACCAAUCAAAUAACAUCUGGUGCGACAAGGAGCAGAAUCACAGUAUGAUUCUGCAGGCAAUCGUGGACCCAGAGAUGAGAUUCCGUGAUAUUGUCACUGGGUGGCCUGGAAGUUUGGGUGACUCCAUGGUGCUCAAAAGCUCUAGUUUCUACAGGCUUUCUGAAGAAGGUAAGAGGCUAAAUGGGAAGAACAUGAAGCUUUCUAAAAAUACAGAGUUAAGGGAAUAUAUUGUUGGGGAUGUAGCAUUUCCCCUGUUACCUUGGCUUCUUACUCCUUACAGAGGACGGGGUCUUCCUGAUUUUGAAGCCAACUUCAAUAGACGGCAUUUUGCAUCGCGAAUGGUAGCACAAAGGGCAUUGGCAAGGUUGAAGGAGACAUGGAAGAUUAUUCAGGGAGUAAUGUGGAGGCCUGACAAGAACAGAUUACCAAGAAUUAUCCUUGUUUGCUGCCUGCUCCACAACAUUGUCAUUGAUUUAGAGGAUGAGGUGCAAGAUGAGAUGCCCAUGCCCUUCUCUCAUCAUCACGACUCAGAUUAUCGGCAACAAGUUAGUAAUUCGAUCGACCACUCUGCUUAUGUUCAGAGAGAGAAGCUUUCUCUCUAUUUGUGUGGAAGAUUGCCACCAUAAUAGCAUUUCAAUCUCUCUUCCUUCACGGUAAUCCUCUUCGAUUGACCUGUGAACUGACUAUGAUCCAAUUUGUUGAUAUUGAAAGUUAUGAUAAUUGCAAAUUAUUGGUUAUUGUUGCGUUGUAGACAUGAUUAUGAUCUUACUUCAUUGAAAACUGUCAUUCUUCUAGAUUUAUUCAAAGCUGUAAAAUUGGGGACUUUUAUUC